CCUUUCUCUCAAUGGGAGGAGCACGAGAGAACUCACACACUUACCAGCACGCGGACUGCACCUUCAAACCAGGAGAGCCUCGCGCCAUUUGCCCGACUCCAAUAAAGGUAGUAGAAGGCGACGAUGUUACUCUGCAGUGUCGACUGGAUCCUCGGGACGACGUGUCUACUUUCGGAGUGGAUUGGAAGAAAGGUUAUGACAAGGAUGUCGUCCACUCCUACCGACAUCAACAGGACCAACAUAACCUACAGAUGGAUCAAUACAGAAACAGGACGCAUCUCAACCACGAAGACCUGAGCAGAGGAGUCCUGACUCUGAGGAUCUCCUCAGUGCGGCCGUCUGACAGCGGACUGUACAGAGGCUUUGUCUCAAAACUGAUCAUAGUCAGGUUCAAUAUUGAAGUCAUUGUUGUGGGAAAAGACCAACAGAACGAGACAGAGAGAGAUGACUCCAGCACAACUGGACCUCCAGAGGAAGAAGUGACCGAGCCGGACGAUCGCGAUGCUGCAAAGAUGGAGGCUGGCUGGAAAAUUGUCCUUCCUGUUGUCGUUCCCGUUGUUGCUGCUGCUGCUCUUGUUGGUGGCGUUAUUUUUAUCCUGGUGAAACGUGGAAAGAUCCAGAUUUGUAAGAAGAAGCUCAGAGGAGUGAUGGAGCCAAACAACUUUGAAAUGCAAAACCUGAGGACCAAAGCAGCGGAGGCGGGGGAAGACCCAGACGGCGCUGCAGAAAAUGGCCUCGGAGCGGCGGGGAUCGCACAGGAGCAGACGGACGCUCGCGUGCUUGUGGGACACGAAGACCCAGAGGGUUAGAGAGACGCGGUGGUUUUCAGAAAGUUUACAGUACUCUGGUCGGCAGGACAAACGUGGACUGCAGUACUAGGCUUAUAGAUUCAUUUUACGAAAACACAUUUACUCAGAAUAAGAAUCUGGUUAAUUUUGGUCCAGAACCUUUUUUAAAUCUCAAAUCUUCCAUCUCUUUUGUAAGUGAUUAAU